AAUUACGAAACUACCCUUCUGCGUGAUCCUUUCCGUUUCUUUCUCAGCAGCAAAGAAAUCCUUUCCUUUUCAUCGCCAUGUCUCUCAACUGCUGGGCUUCUCUCACCCCCCACCUUUCAAGUGAGCUGCAUGUAAGAAGCAAGAAUGUUGGGGGCAUUGCAAAGGUGCAAGAAUUGAUCACAAAAAGUGGAGUUUCUUCGACUAUCACUUCUCCUCUUGCAUCUCUCCAAACGGGCAACUGGGUUAAGCUCAUUUGUGGGGCUAGCUUUGAGGAUGUAGCUGAUAUCAGGAAUCUGUCUCUGGUUUACACUCUUGCUGGAGUUGACUGCAUUGAUUGUGCUGCUGAGGCAUCUGUUGUCAAUGCUGUAAACGAUGGAAUUGAAGCAGCACAAGCUAUUCUCCCCAUACGAAGGCCAUGGGUGAUGAUCAGUGUGAAUGAUGGUGAAGAUCUGCACUUUCGUAAAGCUGAAUUCGAUCCAGAUGAUUGUCCACCAGAUUGCUCCAGGCCAUGUGAGAAUGUUUGCCCUGCCGAUGCAAUCUUCUCAAAUUCGGGCAAAGCUGGUCCAUCCAAGGGCGUGUUAGCUGAGCGAUGUUAUGGCUGUGGACGCUGCUUGCCUAUUUGCCCAUAUGAUAACAUAAGGGCAAUUACAUAUGUACGAGAUGUUGCUGCUACAGCUAAACUUAUUCAACAGGAUGAAGUCGAUGCAAUUGAAAUUCACACUAGUGGAAGGCAGCCAGAGUCAUUCCAAGAACUCUGGAGUGGUCUCGGAGAUUCCAUUCACAAGCUGAGGCUUGUUGCUGUUAGCUUGCCUGACUUGGGGGAUCUGACUAUACCUGCAAUGGAUUCUAUGUACGCAACAAUGAAGACGAGCCUCCAUUGCCUUAAUUUAUGGCAGUUAGAUGGCCGCCCUAUGAGCGGAGAUAUUGGCAGAGGUGCAACGAGGGAAGCAAUCAAAUUUGCUCUACAUUUAGCAUCCCUCAAAGACAAACCAAAAGGUUUUCUUCAACUAGCUGGUGGUACAAAUGCUCACACGGUUGAGGGGCUCAAAAAGGAGAGGCUAUUUCGAACCACCAGCAUAUCCAAUGAUUCGAAGGGUGAUAAGGCCCCUCUCAACUCUCCUGAAACAUCGCAUGCUUUGAUAAGUGGAGUAGCUUUUGGUGGCUAUGCACGAAAGAUAGUCGGGAGGGUUCUUAGCUCGUUUCAGUCGGACUAUGGCUAUGCAUGUCUUGAAGAUCACCCGGACCAUCUUCUCAAAGCACUCAAGGAGUCUCUUGCUUUGGUUGGGACUGUGAAAUGCUACAAUGCAAAUUAGGUCCGUACUCGACCCUUUUAAGCAAUGAUAUAGAGAAAAGGAAUCCUAGGGUCGUACUCGACCCUUUUGGUUCGGAUCCUUUUAUUUAGGCAUGGGUAUUGGUUAUUAACUGAACUGAUCUACUACCCGAUAAUGGUAUGUGUAUAACAUUUUUAGACAAAUAAGUGUAGUAACGAAUCCAUAGUUUUUCCGAAGGCUCUUUUAUUAA